CCGUGCCGCGAGCGAUCCUGCUGGCAGCGAGAGGCGGCGGGCGCCAUUUCGGGGAGCAGCUGCUCGUGCCGGAGCCGGGGCCCAGCUCUGCUCCGGGGACCGCUCGCCACGGUCGCGCCGCCCCUCGCCACCUGCCACGCUGGGGCUGCCUGAGCGCGCCGCACACCUGAGCUUUAGACGCCUGGAGAGGGCUCCCGAGCCCUCGGCCCAUCCCCCCACCGCCGGCGCAGCCCGUGCCGGGAUCGGGAGUCGCCGUUCUCAUCGCCGGACGUCGGGCGACCGAGCGAACACAGCAUCCGCCCGCCGCACAGGUGUCCUUAAAAAUGGCUGAUGAUAUUGAUAUUGAAGCAAUGCUUGAAGCUCCUUACAAGAAGGAUGAGAACAAAUUGAGCAGUGCCAAUGGCCACGAAGAACGCAGCAAGAAGAGAAAAAAGAGCAAGAGCCGAAGUCGAAGCCAUGACAGGAAGAGGAGCCGAAGUAAAGAUCGCAAACGGAGCCGAGAUCGGGAAAGGAAAAAGAGCAGAAGCCGGGAAAGGAAGCGGAGCAGGAGCAAAGAACGCAGGCGCAGCCGCUCUAGGAGUAGAGAACGCAGAUUCAGAGGCCGCUAUAGGAGUCCCUACUCUGGUCCAAAAUUCAACAGUGCCAUCAGAGGGAAGAUUGGUCUGCCUCACAGCAUGAAAUUAAGCAGACGACGCUCCAGAAGCAAAAGUCCCUUCAGAAAAGACAAGAGCCCUGUUAGAGAACCGAUUGAUAAUCUUACCCCCGAAGAGAGGGAUGCUCGAACAGUAUUCUGCAUGCAGCUGGCUGCAAGAAUUCGACCAAGAGACCUGGAAGAAUUUUUCUCUACAGUAGGGAAGGUUCGUGAUGUGCGAAUGAUUUCAGAUAGAAAUUCCAGGCGUUCAAAGGGAAUUGCUUACGUAGAAUUUGUUGAUGUUAGUUCAGUGCCCCUGGCAAUAGGGCUGACUGGACAGAGAGUCCUGGGUGUACCAAUCAUAGUGCAAGCAUCGCAGGCAGAGAAGAACAGAGCAGCAGCGAUGGCAAACAACCUGCAGAAGGGCAGUGCAGGUCCUAUGAGGCUCUAUGUGGGAUCAUUGCACUUCAACAUAACUGAAGAUAUGCUUCGAGGAAUUUUUGAACCCUUUGGCAGGAUUGAAAGCAUUCAGCUGAUGAUGGACAGUGAAACUGGACGCUCAAAAGGAUAUGGAUUUAUUACGUUCUCAGACUCUGAGUGUGCCAAAAAGGCCUUGGAACAACUCAAUGGAUUUGAGCUGGCUGGUAGGCCAAUGAAAGUUGGACAUGUAACUGAACGCACUGAUGCUUCUAGUGCUAGCUCGUUUUUGGACAGCGAUGAGUUGGAACGGACUGGAAUUGACUUGGGAACAACUGGUCGCCUUCAGUUGAUGGCGAGACUGGCAGAAGGUACUGGUUUGCAGAUUCCUCCUGCUGCUCAGCAGGCUCUUCAGAUGAGUGGAUCCUUGGCAUUUGGAGCUGUGGCAGAUUUGCAGACAAGACUGUCUCAGCAGAAUGAAGUCCUGGCUGCAGCUGCUUCUGUACAACCACUUGUAACACAGUGCUUCCAGCUUUCCAACAUGUUUAAUCCUCAAACUGAAGAAGAAGCUGGCUGGGAUACAGAAAUUAAAGAUGAUGUGAUUGAGGAAUGUAACAAACAUGGAGGAGUUAUCCACAUCUAUGUAGACAAAAACUCGGCUCAGGGCAAUGUGUAUGUCAAAUGUCCUUCCAUUGCUGCUGCUGUCGCAGCCGUGAAUGCACUGCAUGGGCGGUGGUUUGCAGGUAAAAUGAUUACAGCAGCAUAUGUACCUCUUCCAACGUACCACAGCCUUUUCCCAGACUCUAUGACUGCAACCCAACUACUGGUUCCUGUCCGACGAUGAAGAUGGAUUUAGGCAGUUUUGUACAUAGUUAUUUUUUGGAGGAAGAUUGAGUUACCUUAUCUUUUAUUUAGAUAAAACUAAAGGAAAGGAUUUAAUGUCAUUUUGUGUACACUUCCUGCUAUCUUUAAAAAUAAACUGAAGUAAGCAGAACUGCAGUGUGUUCAUUCUCCCUGACUAGCAUUUCCACUGUAUACAAAGCUGUUGACUUCUUGUUCUGCCUUGUAAUUCUUGUACAUUUACUGAGGUGAUCUGUAGGAACUGAGAAAUAGUUCACAAAAAACCCAAGUUCUCUGUAAAAGGCAGAUGGGACAUGAUGACAUUUUUAAUGUUUAACGAGCCUUUCUUUUACUGCAGCGAUGACAUUUUGCAUUUCACUAAAUGUAGAUGAUCUGCUCAAGGUUCCUAUCAGAGAUAGACUCGGAAGGGACAUAUUUAGUGUUUUGUAUAAGUGGAAAGUUCAAAGGCUACUGAAAGCUGACUCUAGGGAGUCACUCAGCUUGCUUUGUGCUGAAUAAUUGGUAAAAAUAGAAGGAUCAAAGGGGGUUAUUUCUUGAUGGUAACUUUUGAUUAAUGUAUCUGUAAAAGUUUCUUUGUAAAUACUGUGUGAGGUGUGUCUAAGAUUCCAAACAAAACCAUCUCUGCAUUUCCAGGGGAGUUCUUAUGUAUGCAGUGUGGCACAACUGAAGGAUUUCAGCAGUUCACGUGGGUAGGAAAUACAGAAACGUGUUUUGUUCUGGUUGCAUAUAAUCUUUGCUCUUUUUAAGCUCUGUGAGCUCUGAAAUAUAUUUUUGGGUUACUUCGGUGUGUUUGACAAGAAGCUUGAUAUUUCUAUUGAAGACUUUCAUAUUGCAGCAAUCUUUGUAAGAACCACUCAAAUAAAACUCUCUUAAAAAGGC